AUGCAGAUCCAGAACUUAUUAAUUCUAAUCUUCCUCCUCACUUAUCUCCACUACUAUCCUUGUCACUCCGAGCUCUGCCAUCCCGAAGAUAAGAGAGUCCUUCUCCAAAUCAAACAAGCCUUCAACAACCCACGUGUCUUCUCCAGAUGGGACCCAAAAACCGACUGCUGCGUUGACUGGACAGACACCCUCAAAUGCGAUGAAACGACACACCGUAUCACCUCCUUCAUGCUCCUCUCGGGGGACCUCUCGGGACCGAUUCCCUCCCAAUUCGGAGACCUACCGUACCUCGAUGUCUUGUGGCUUCACAAGCAACCCAAUCUCACCGGACCUAUCCCACGAGCCCUAUCCAAGCUCACCAAGCUCAGGUUCCUUGUCGUUAGCUGGGCCAAUCUCUCGGGACGGGUCCCGGACUUUCUUAGCGAGAUGAAAAAUCUCGAACACAUACAACUCUCUUUCAACAAUCUCACUGGACCGAUCCCGGGAUCGCUCUCGCAGCUACCAAAACUCACAGGGCUUAGCCUGGACCGAAACAAACUAACAGGAACAAUACCAGACUCGUUUGGAGAAUUCCAAGGCAAGAGCUUUUACCUUGUGCUGUCCCACAAUCAACUUUCCGGUACAAUACCAGUCUCGUUGGGGAAUAUGCUGGAAUUCAACCACGUGGACCUGUCUCGGAACAAUCUCGAAGGUGAUGCGUCUGUUUUCUUCGGUUUGAACAAGAAGACGUUGCAGUACGUGGACUUUUCAAGGAAUUUAUUGGAGUUCGACCUGUCCAACGUUGAGUUUCCGGAGAACUUGUUUUGGUUAGAUCUUAACCAUAAUAAGAUAAGAGGGAGUCUUCCGGUUGGGUUGACCUCACUCAAGUAUUUUCAGUUUAUGAAUGUGAGUUACAACAGGUUGUGUGGACAAAUUCCCGUUGGUGGACGGCUAAAGAGCUUCGACAACACGUCGUAUUUGCAUAACCCUUGCUUGUGUGGUACUCCGCUUGAAAUUUGUUAGAAGCUAUAGAAGCACAUAUUUUGGGGAUGUAGCUCAGAUGGUAGAGCGCUCGCUUAGCUUUCAUAAACGAUAUAAAAUUUCACCGUGUUACUUGGUGCAUGAAUUCAAAUACAAGGUUUUACGAUACAAUAAAAUCGAGUUCCCCCAUCAUCA